GCAUGACACCGGCUCGACAGCAGGCACACUCGGUCAGGAAACAAAGAACAGGGUAUGGGGCGCAUGAAUGAUCUGCAAAGACAACAAAAGCACCAAGAAAAUAGUUGAGUCCCGCCCUGAUCCGAUUGUCUGUUUUUAGGCUACUGCCACAACAACUUUCAUGUUGGUUAUGCUUUCGAAGCGCUCAUAUCCUCUAGACUCGGCUGGUUUAUGAAGUUUAGCCUAUUGCAGGCUACGCGCAAGGAUGUAUCACAGGAGACUGUUGAUUUCAACGUAGGCUAAACUGACGCCCAAAGGUAAAGCUCACACUUGGAAAAAUAAAACGACGGCCAUCAUUUACCUGAGAAUAUCAGUAUUACGGACACAUUUCGUAUCUAUUCGAUGAUGAUGAUGACUAUCCCUGUUUGACUCUUCAUCUUGCCGCCCAACCUUGGGCCAGCCAGGACAAAUCACUGCAAAUAAAAUGUCUGCCUCAGAGUCUGCGGUCUGCGCCCCCUUGUCCACUCUAUCUCCCAAACCAGAGGUCAAGCCGAGGCCCCCGCUCCCCUCCAAGCUCACCCUGGAUCCCCCGCCGAUGGAGAGUGGCGCCCCGACGAGGACUUCUGGGAAGGUGAAGAAGAUCGUCAAGAAGUUUAACCAGCCUAAGCCUCAGCCCUCCCCAGCCUCAGGCCAAACCCCAGCGCCAGCACCAGUGACCGGGAACACUGGGACCACCGGGACCAAUGGCUCCACCGGGAACAAUGGCUCCACUGGAGCGGACAAGACGAGCCCCCAACAGCAGGCGCCGGAGGUCCUGCCGAAACCCAGAAUACCCCGGCCAACAGCAGCAGCCAAUCAGGCGCCCCCUUUGCCCAUGAAGAGGAGCCGCCUCCGCAAGGGCCCCAACGUGGGUGUGUACGGAGACACGCCGGGGGGAAGGGCGAGGAGCGGCUUCGCACCUGUCAGUCUGGAAGAUGGCCGAUCAGACACACGUCUGAAAGGUGAAGAAAGAAGGGAAAAAUGUGACAAUUGGAGAACCACAGCACACCACAUGCUUUGCGUGACAAUGUUCUCACAGUUCCAUGUUGACUUGCUCCUGAUGGGAAGGAAGGAGAGCUGCUGUCCAGCGCCGGCCCAGACGCUCCCCCCGGCCCUCGCGAAGCCGAACUGCGGCUGCAUCUGCCAUCUGCAGCGGCCGGGGAUGAAGCUGGUGUGGGUCCCCCUGGAGGACGGGGAGGAGGAGGAGGAGGAGUACGCGGAGGCGGUGGCGGGCAUCAGGGGAGAGCUAGGGGAGGACGAGCGGGGAGGGGAGGGUGCGAGUGAGGGAGGGGAGCACCAGGACCCUGGGGAGGAGGGGGACGGACUGGGAGUGGAGUUUGAGGAGGAGGAGGAGGAGGAGCUGUACCUCAGCGAGUCCUCGGAUGAGAGCGAGGAUGGGAAUGGUGACGGUGAUGGGGAGCUGACGGGCAAGGCCAAGUUCCAGCACACCCUGGAGCUGGUGGGGGAGCAGCUGAGGAGGAGGUCGGACCCGGGGCCGCAGGUGGAGCUCACCUCCUACAAACCCUACGCGUCCCACGCGCUCUCCCCCGGCGGCAUCUCCAAGGCCCACUCCGUGGAGAACGACGCGGACAUCUACGAGCUCAACAUCGUGGUGGAAAGCGUGACCCCCCCGCGACCCCCUGAGCAACAAGUGCCGCUCAUCCGCGUCAAGCCCCCGCGGCGGUCAAAGCUCUCGUCCGCGGCGUCCGACGAGGCAGACGGCGCUGACUUGGCCAAGAGCGGGGGGGACAGGCCCCCUCCGGCCAUCCCGCCCAGGGUGCCACUCCUUCCAGAGAAGCCCAAGGGCACCCGCCUCCAGAGCAUGGCACCCCUGGGGGGCAUCGCGCUGCCCAUGCCGUCCCCCGACGAGAGGCGUGCCCUGCGCGCGGCAUCACCCCUGCCUCCCCACCCUGCCAGUCCUCCGGCCAGCCCGCGCUUCAACAGGCCUCCCCCUCCAAUGCCCCCUAGCAAGCAGGGACAGAAUGGACUCCGCGGCAGCAGUCAGUCCUUAAACUCCCUCCCCCCAUGCACAGAAGUUCAACAAGAGAAUAGUGAAGGAGAGGAUGCUGACACACACAAACCACCGACGGCACCGCCUAGGAAGCAGUCUAUAGACUGGGAAAGCAUGGAUGAACCUCUUUACCAGACGUACCGCGAAUCGGUCAUCGUCAAGGCCAUCCGGCAGGCGACGGUGUGCCGGAACAUCAGCAAGACCAGCGUGGACUUCCAGAUGGACUACGGGCACCGGCGCGGCUCGGCGGCCUCGGAGGUGGGGAGCGUCGGCGGCAGGGCGCUGGGCUCCAGGGCCAGCCCCAUCCCCCAGGGCGCCCGCAGCACACUCUGGCAGGACCUGCCGUCCGUCCGGGACAGCGGCAUCCUGGAGACGCUGAGCUCAGACGAGUGCAAGUACCAGGAGAGUAUAUUUGAGGUGAUCACCUCGGAGGUGUCGUACCUGCGCUCGCUGCGUGUGCUGACGGAGCACUUCAUGGACUCGCGGGAGCUGCUGGACACGCUCAUCAUCAGGGACAAGGUGCCGCUCUUCUCCAACAUCCUGCGCAUCCGCGAGGUCAGCGAGAGGUUUCUGAAGGAUCUAGAAGACCGUAUGGAGGAGAGCCUGAUUAUCACAGACAUCUGUGACAUCAUCCACUACCACGCCCAGCACAAUUUCCCUGCCUACAUCGACUACGUCCGCAACCAGAUCUACCAGGACAAGACCUACACCGCCCUCAUGCACUCGAACGCAGCGUUCGGCGCAGUCAUCACCCGUCUGCAGGAGUCCCCCAAGUGCCAGCGGCUGCCCUUCAUGUCCUUCCUGCUGCUGCCCUUCCAGCGCAUCACCCGCAUCAAGAUGCUGAUCGAGAACAUUCUGAAGAGAACCAAGGAGCACACGGCAGAGGAGCAGACAGCCUCCAAGGCCCUGGCGUCCGUCUCAAAGAUUAUAGAUGAGUGCAACAGGCAGGUUGGGAAGAUGAAACAGAUGGAGGAGCUGAUUGAGAUCAACAAGACUCUGCAGUUUGACAAACUCAAGGCUUUGCCCAUUAUUUCUCAAACACGCUUCCUAGAGAAACGCGGAGAGUUGCAGGAUGUGGCUAAAGGUGGGACCAUGUUCACCCUGCGGUCCAAAUUCACGCCUGUCUUCCUCUACCUCUUCAACGACCUCCUCGUCAUCGCCAGUAGGAAGAGCUCAGAGCGGCACGUGGUUCUGGACUAUGCCCACCGCUCCCUGGUCCAGGUGACGACCAUGAGUGACGAGCUGUCCAGCGGGGGCCUGGACAACUGCUUUCUCCUCACCCUGCUGGAGAACCACCAGGGGCGCCUGACUGAGCGUGUGCUCAAGGCUGCCACCGAGUCGGAAAUGCACAGGUGGGUUGCUGCAUUCCCGAAUCCAAACGACGCCGACCGGGACGCAGAGGAAGUCAUAUACGAGGACUGGGACUGUCCACAGGUGCAGUGUGUGGAGCAGUAUGUUGCCCAGCAGGCUGAUGAGAUCAGUCUAGAGCCGACCGAGAUCAUCAACGUCAUCCGCAAAACCAACGAAGGUUGGUAUGAGGGCAUCCGGUUGUCUGAUGGACAGAAAGGCUGGUUCCCGGUUCCGAAUGUUCUGGAGAUUACCAACGAGCACGUGAGACGCAGGAACCUCCGGGAACGGUACCGCGUCAUUCAGGCGGCCAGCAUCGUCACCGGCAAGAGCCGUUUUACCCUUUAACAGACGGGGAUAAAAAAAAAAAAAAGCAGACAUACUAAUUUAAUAAGCACAUGGACAAAAAAC